AUGUCCAGCACGGCGAUCCACACCGGGAUAAGCGCCGGUGUCUCGGCGCGGUCCUCCGCCGCCGAUGAUCAACCCACCACCAUCCUCACCCCGGCCUCCCGCCGCUUCGUGCCCACCGACCUCCAGGGCAAGCCGAUCCCGCACGCGCAGCGCUGGGCGUACUCGACGGCGGCCGUCGCGCGGGGCCGCGUGGGCUCGCAGGCCGUCAACGUGGUGGCCAUUGCGCUCUUCGUGCUCUGGCAGCGGUCCGCCACGGCGCACGCGCUGUACGCGUACCUGGACAGCACCUACGGCGCCGCGGCCGUCAACGUCUGGGGCACGUUCGCCAUCACGUCCGUCUUCUUCUGGGUGUGGGGCGGGGUGUUUGCCCUCGCGGACCUGACGGGCCGGCCGCGGUGGCUGUUCCGGUACAAGACGCAGCCGUUUGUGCGGGUUCCGGCGCGCGAGUACGCGUGGAUCUGCCUCGUGUCGCUGCGGAACCAGGUGUGCGGGGCGCUGCCGAUGACGCUGGUGACGCUGCUGCUGCCGGCGAGCCCGGUGCACCCGGGGGCGGUGCCGGGUGCGGCGCGCACGGUGGCGACGUUCCUCUUCGACGUCGGCUGCGCCGAGGCCGGCUUCUACUACAUCCACCGCGCCUUCCACUCGCGGGCGCUGUACGCGCGCUUCCACAAGAAGCACCACGAGUUCACGGCGCCCGUGGGCCUCGCGGCCACGUACUGCACGCUGACCGAGCACGUCCUGUCCAACCUGCUGCCCAACGCGCUCGGCACCGUGCUGCUGCCGCACCACUGGUCGCAGCAGUGCUUCGCGUUCCUCUUCCUCGAGUUCAGCACCGUCUGCGCCCACUCCGGCUACAACGUCCCCGGCCUCCCGUCGAACCUGCACCACGACUUUCACCACUUUGCGUUUGACGAGAAUUUUAGCCCGACCGGCCUGCUCGACCGCCUGCACGGCACUGACGCCAAGUACGUGGCCACGCUGCGCGAGGCCAUGGCGCGCACCGACGGCGACGAGGAGCGCGCGCGCAAAUUGGUCAUGCAACGCCUCGCGCAGAUCGAGGUCGCCGCCGACGAGGCCAAGGCGAGAGCAAAGGCCAAGGCAAAGACGGGGGAGAAGUAG